GCUAAGUCCAUUUCAUUAAAUGCUCAUAAAUAGAUAAUAUCCGCGAAUGGCAUUAAUAGUUUCCGGCAACUUCAUGUACCUGUAAAUUCUCAUCCGCAUCAGUUUGAGUAAAUUAAAAUUACAACACUCCCUUUAUUUCAAAAGGUUAUUCUGAAGGAAGACCGUAAUAUUAAUUACUUAAGAGAUUGCAAUACCUAAAACUGCACAUAGGUAAAUUUUCUCCUUUAAAAAUGUUCAACAGCGAAACAAUAACAUUUCAUAUACUUUAAAUCAUUUUUCAUCCAACUGGUUUUAAUUUACAUGUGUAACUAUGACUCAGGUGGAGAGAACUAAUAUAGGCUAUUUUUGCCUGCUGUUCAAUCCAGAUUCAUUUAUAUACUUAUAUGUAUAUUUUUGAAUAAAAUAUUUCUUAAACUAAACUAACUUAUGAUGACUAUUAGUGGGUGCGCUUGAGAAUAGAGCACGCAUCAGUUGACAAGAGUGGAGAGGGCAUGCGCACUUCCCUAACAAUUGACCCGACUUGUUGUUUAUUUACAAAUCAAAAGGUAUGAAGACAUUUGGAUGAGAAGGAACAAUGAAGACCUUCGUUUGUGUGUUGCUUUUCCUGCAGGGUCUAACUGAGACUCAACAACAAAGACGGCUCUCAGUAUCUCUGCUACAAGACGUCUACUAUGUGUUUCCAGAAACUAAUCUCACGAUUUCAGUCAAUGUAAGCUUUCCACUGACAGAAAAUUAUAUGGUGACUUGGAAACACAAGGAGAAGAAUUCAGAUUUCGCUGAAGAUAUUAAUAACAGAAAUCUGGGCAUUAAAUAUGCUGGCGGGAGUCCCGGCCAACCAUCGCUGACAAUAAAUAAUGUGACCGAUUUCGAUGCUGGUGAAUAUUUUAUCGAAAUACAAAUAAUGGAUAGUGCCGACCCCGGAAGCAGUGCAGGGCCCGCAACUGUUCACGUGCUAUCCAACAAAUCAAAAGAAUACUAUACGGCUAGUGCUGAAGUUUGUCCACCCAACUGGCAAACUUUUUAUGAAAUUGGAUCUGCUUUAAAAAGAAAAAGAUGUGUCCAGAAAGUUGAACAAACAGCCUCCUUUUACCAAGCCCAAACAAUUUGUCGACAGCAAAGAGCUUUCAUAGUACCAGUAGUAAUCAGACUAAGUCCCGAUGGGAAUGAAACCGACCCUUUUGCAUAUCUUCCUCGCACAGAUGUUUGGACAGGAGGAUAUGAGGAGUAUGGAAGCCUGGUCUCAGAUGGAGCCCCUCCCAUUUUCUUGGACACAUCGAUGUUGUCGUACGGAAGAGGAAUCAACAUAUCUGAUGCUUGGAUAGAGGGCUAUCCUUUCUGUAUUGGGGUCAACAAUUUAUAUCAAGAACUACAGAUAAGAGAUUGCAACGAACGCCUUCCAUUUCUCUGCUACAAAGAGGCAGACAUUUUAAGCUUUAAACCAAAUCUAAAUACUUGUCCGUCUGGGUGGAUUGGCGCGGAGGAUGUAGGUUCUUGCUAUUUGUUGACCAAAGAUCCUAAACAACCAUUGGACGCUAUUGAAGUUUGCAAUCAAAACGGGGGAACACUUUUGCAAUUGCAAUUGGUCAAGGAUCGACAUCUGACUCUGAGGCUCCUUGUACAUUUAGCACUUUUCAAUUCAUCAGUGUGGUUUUCUGAAGUGGAAUCGCCCGUUUCUUGUUCCUUUAUACGUCUCAGUGAAAGCAUGGAAAUAUCCAGCGCGACCAAUUGUAGCAUUGCUGCGAGUGUCGUCUGCCAAACCAACAAAAAGAACAGGAUGUACAGUUCAAGUGAACUUCAAAUGGAAUUUCAAAAACCAAAAUUCAAUACUAAUGGCGUAGUUUUGAAUGGAAAUCUCAGUUGUAAAUUUCCUGCACCUCAUCUGGAAACUGACACGUAUUCUGUGUACAAAGGGGGUGCGAUUGUAGAUCGAUUAACUGUUCUUGAAACUAAUUAUUCGAGGGAAAUAAUGAAGUGGAAUCCAGAGUUACCUGACGAGGAAAUGUUUUUAUCCUCGGCUUCAGCAAAUUCAGACGUAUACAGAUGCGAUAUUCAAAGAAAAGGGGUUGGACUUGUGCUAUCCAAAACUAUUUACGCAGUUCCAAAUGAAAAGAGGGUGUCGAUUUUUCAUGCAACUGUUUCUAUGACCGGAAGUCUCUCGUUACAAGACGCAUUGGUGGAAGCCUACAUGUCCAGCCCGGAAUCUCUUUUGGGACAAUCAAGAAGAGCAAUUCUUUCCAAGAUCUAUUCUGUCAGUAGAGACAUACGCCCUGUCAGCGGAGGACAGUUAGGCUUCAUAGGAAUUACUAGUAUACCGCUCAGAAAAAGGAACGCUCUAAAUUUCUUACUGUAUUUUGUGGGACCGAAUGAGGAAUGGAAGUCAGCAGAAGCAAUGAAUUAUCUUCUGAAUAAUAUCACAAUAUCAGCCAGAACCAGAUCCAUUGAUAGUAGACGGAGACGAAGACAGGCCCUCUUAGUUGAUUUCAACACCUUUGAAAUUCGCAACGAAGAAUACUGCACCGUUGGAUACAGUCCUGAUUUCCAGUCUACUUAUAAUUUUAAACCUGUUGAUAAUGGAUCCAUGACAUAUUCUGAGGAGCUUUGUAUCACAGAUUCCGAGCCUUUACUGUCUGGAUUGUGUUACACGCGAACAGCGGCGCCAGCCGAAAUCCGGAAUGUGACGGUUAAUCCCAAUUGUCAGUUUCUGCUGAACCCGUCAUUCGCUAAUAUGACGUCAUUAAAGAAACUGUCAAAUGUACCUACAAAUGAUAGCAAUGUUGAGCUAGUGGCAUCAGAUGUCGCCAAUCUCACCAGCAAUUCAUCGAAUCUCACUGUUGAAGAUGUUGUUUACACGUCAAUGGUUCUAGAAAAUAUCGCAAGCAUUUCAUCGAUAUCUGAGCAGACUACGAGUUCUGUAUUACAAACGCUGUCGAAUAUACUUGAGGCACCCGAAGAGAUACUAAUGAAUGCCCACACUCUAGGCAGCAGUACUACCAGGAUUUUGGAAAGUGUCGAAACAAUCACUCGAAACGUGGUCCUUAAUGGCACAGAGUACAGAAAUUUCCAGAAAUCUUUUGCUGUGGCUGUUACCGACGUCACUUCCGGAGACUCGCCUGUAAUUGGUAUUCAGUUGAAGAAUGUAGGCAUUGACGUGGUUUUGGACAACGACACAAUAGGUCUGAUUAAUGCUGAGGAUAGCAUCAACAUUACGUCCUUUGACACGGCUAUUAUCCUUCCUAAAGAUCUUGUACAGGGAAACAAUUCAAGGGUUAUUUUUACCAUCUUUGAAAGUACGAAAAUAUUUCAAGUUCGACAAAUGAAUAAGAGAUAUGAGCUGAAUGGGAAAGUAGCAUCUGCAACACUUAUUUCGAAUGGAAAAUCCGUCUUGGAUCUUGGAAGAAAUUUCGUUCGGUCAAUUUAUAAGCCUAUAAACAUCACUGAGGAUUCGGUAUGUGGAUUCUGGAAUCACUCUCUUUAUGCCACUUCCGGUGGAUGGUCGACAAGGGGUUGCCAAAGAACGGAAGUGGAAGAUGGACUCGUCGUAUGCGAGUGUGAUCACCUCACCAACUUUGCCAUUUUACUUGAUGUUAAGGGUCAGAGUGACAUUAUUGACAAGGUCAACACCCUUGCUCUCUCUAUUAUAACAAUCAUUGGUCUCAGUCUAUCCAUUGUCGGGCUUGGCCUCACAGUUUUGUCGUUUCUUCUUUUCAAACAGCUAAGAAAAGGCAGAGGACAGCAAACACUUCUCAACCUCUCUUUGGCUUUACUCUGCUCGAUGGUGAUAUUUUUGGCGGGAAUGGAGCGUACCGACAGCUAUUAUGGUUGUAUUACUGUAGCGGCUCUGAUGCAUUACUUCCUAUUGGUUUCCUUUAUGUGGAUGUUAGUCGAGGGAUUCCUUCAAUAUUUACGAUUUGUGCGAGUCUUAGGGACAUAUGUUCCAAGAUUUAUCUUGAAGGCGUCAAUUCCAGCUUGGGGAUUACCCUUGAUCCCCGUUGUCAGUGUUUUGGCAGUUGAUUAUGAUUUAUAUAGAGGAGGGAAAUAUUAUUGCUGGAUGUCGCCGACGCCAUUCUACUAUGCCUUCCUUCUCCCCGUUGCUUUGAUCAUUAUUGUAAAUUGUAUAGUGUUUGCACUAGUAUUAAAAACUCUACUAAAUCGUCCUAAAGGCUUGCAAUCAAAUCAGUCUGAAUCGAAACGAGCAAUGAUGAACUUGCGAGCAGCUGUAUCAAUUUUCAUUUUGUUGGGACUUACUUGGAUCUUUGGUAUAUUAGCGAUCGAGGACGCAAGGAUCGUCUUCAGUUACAUCUUUACCAUACUGACAACAUUUCAAGGAUUUUUCAUAUUCAUUCUGUUUGUUGCAAGAGAAAAACAGUUGAGAACGUACUGGGGAAAACUGUGUUGCAAGAGGUUCAUCGACAGACAGAAGAAAUACAAACCUACCUCAGCAAGCCAUUCCUCUAGUCAACCUCUGUCAAAGCUAAGCAGCCACGAAACUGCAUCUACAGAAAUUUUCUUUAGUUCAAAAUAGUUGAUUUAAUUUUUUAUGACGAGUGUACAUAUUUUAUCUAUUUAAAACGCCUGUUUUGGGUUUUUCAAAAAUCAAAUAUAGGUUUUCUUUUUUGUUGUUGAUGAUGUUUUUUCAGCGUAGUUCAUUUGUAAAUUGUAGUAUAUUACAUUACACAGGUUUACUAAAAUUAAAUAAAUUUUAAAUCCUU